ACGAAAGUUCCUUGUCUUUGACCAGAGACCAACGCGCAGACGGGCUGACGAUAACAGCAUCCACUGCUGUUAUUAAGCCUUUACAUCUAAAUGAACUUUUGUCAGAGAAAGCCCUGAUCAUGCCCACUGCUUUUGCAGGGCAAAGAUAUUGAUCGGCGUUAAAAUACAGAUUUUUUUUCUUAUGAGAUUAUUUUUCAUAUACUUUUAUUUGUCGGUAGGCUACCUGUAUUUUUUUCACCAUGGUGCUAGGAAAGGUGAAGAGCUUCACCGUAAGCUACGACUGUCUCAAUGACAGCAAUGUCCCCGUUUUCGCAAGCGGGGACUCCGUCUCAGGGAGGGUGAUCAUCGAAGUCACCGGAGAAAUCCGUGUGAAAUCUCUUAAAAUUCACGCAAAAGGAUUUGCAAAAGUUCGUUGGACUGAAUCGCGAAAUGCUGGAUCCAACACUGCCUAUACGCAAAAUUACACUGAAGAAGUGGAAUAUCUAAACCAUAGAGACAUCCUAAUUGGACAUGAAAGAGAUGAUGACAACUCAGAAGAAGGACUCACCACUAUCCAUUCAGGAAGACACGAGUAUGCAUUCAGCCUUGAGCUUCCACAGACACCUCUGGCUACCUCGUUCGAAGGGAAACAUGGCAGUGUGCGCUACUGGGUGAAGGCGGAGCUACACAGGCCAUGGCUUCUGCCCAUGAAGACCAAGAAAGAAUUCACCGUCUUCGAACACAUCGACAUCAACACUCCCUUACUGCUGUCGCCCCAGGCAGGCACGAAAGACAAGACUUUAUGCUGCUGGUUCUGCACCUCAGGUCCAAUCUCCUUAAGUGCCAAAAUCGAAAGGAAGGGUUAUACCCCAGGAGAGUCUAUUCAGAUCUUCGCCGAGAUCGAGAACUGCUCGUCUCGCAUGGUUGUGCCAAAGGCAGCCAUUUACCAAACACAGACCUUCUACGCCAAAGGGAAAAUGAAGGAGGUCAAACAGCUGGUGGCCAACCUCCGAGGAGAGUCGCUGUCCUCGGGCAAGACGGAGACGUGGAGUGGCAAAAUGCUGAAGAUCCCCCCCAUCUCUCCCUCCAUCUUGGACUGCAGCAUCAUCCGAGUGGAGUAUUCUCUCAUGGUGUACGUAGACAUCCCCGGAGCCAUGAACCUGUCUCUGAACCUGCCACUGGUCAUCGGCACCAUCCCGCUGCACCCCUUCGGCAGCCGCACCUCCAGUGUCAGCAGCCAGUGCAGCAUGACCAUGAGCUGGCUAGGCAUGGCCCUGCCAGAGCGCCCUGAAGCCCCACCAAGCUAUUCAGAGAUCGUGACAGAGGAGCAGAGACAGAGCCUGGAGGUGACCUCAGCCAGGGAUGAGUUUGAGGGACCACUCUUUGCCUAUAUCCAGGAGUUCCGCUUCCAGCCCCCUCCACUCUACUCUGAGAUUGAUCCCAAUCCUGAUCAAGCCAGCCGGACGGAGGAGCGGAGGCCUGACACUUGUCCAUCACGCUGAAGGAAACACAGAGCCCUGCCCGGAUACGUUUUGGGCAUUUCUAGUCAACUCUGUUUUUGUAUUUUUCCCCGGCGACAGCGUUCGCACUCCACCGUCAACGUCGAGAGAAAAAAAACAAAGCAAACAAAUACCACAGGUGAACAAAGUCCUGCCCCCUCCCACAGAGAAAGGCACAGGAAGUCUGCCUUCCUGUCAGCCUGCCUGCCUGGCCGGGGGGAAAGGCCAGUCGAACAUCCACCUAACCUGUAGUGGAGACAGCCUUGGUGGAGUGAGUGAUGACACACCAGGGCAAUGUCUGCCUAUGGCUCUUAAUCGCCUGCUUUUUUUCUGUAACCACGGCACACGCGGACAUGGCUUUCACACAGAGCAGAACUAUCAUGUCGAGACCUGAGCAGAAAAAAACAGGAAGAAGAGAUUACAAUAUAACCACCACUGUCUGAAGCGCUCAGCAGCAUUCAACGGAGCAAAGACUAGCCUCCUCCUGCCUCAUUUGUGAUUUUUGCACAUGUUAUUUUUUGCUUGAGUUGUGUGGCUUCAUUUUAAGAAGAAAGCAGUUAUCACUAGUUUUUUUUUUUUCAGCCUAGUAGCAUGCUGAACUAAAGAGACUGCAGGCUUAACUCCUAGACUCCUUCGCCGCACAACUUCGAACAACGCAGAGAACAUAUUUGGACAAAAACAAUGCACUGACCUUGUUUAAGCUGUUUUAAAAUGUUAUUUUUCCUAAUUACAUUUCCUUAAUGAUUUGCAGACUGGACUUGAAUGCAGCAGCACACUCUCCAUCCGAAAGCUCUUUUUCGAUAUUGCCUCCUCCGUUUGGAUCCAAGUGUGGCAUCCUUUUUUCUGGUUCUGUACUAUGUUCUGUCCUUUGAUUUAGUUUCAAACUUAGAAUGCCUUUUAAGCCGAGCAUUGUUUGCUUCGUGUUUUAUAUUGUGCUUGUUCUGGAGUGGAGGAGCCGCAGGCUAGUGCUUGCCACUCAAGUAGAGCAUGAAACACAGAGAAUUGUGUGUGUGUGUGAGACGGAAAGAGUGGGACAUAUCAGAAUUCCCACACUCUGUGUCUACAGCCCCUCUACUCACAGCACAGAGGCUUACAUACUGCCUAAAAAAGAAGCACUGUCUCAGGUGAUCUUCUCACUUGCCAAAUGGUUGAAAAUGUUAUGUUUUGUUUAAAUUGCACUGUUUCAAAUAGUACAAAAAAAAAGGUAUAUUACCAAAACAAGAGAGAUGAGGCAUACACAGAGCAGCAAGGUAGUUUUCCAAGAUGAACGACAUUCCCUUUUUGCCAUCACUGCACUUGCUGACUUCAUUCACCAACUGUUUUAUUUUCCAGACCAGUGAAGCCUGAAAUGCUAGAAUUAUAUAUAUAUAUAUAAAGAAGUAAGAGUACAUGGUAUGAUCUGCUUCAAAUAACGCAGACUCAAACCCAGCCUGGCUAAAUGCUGGGAAAGAAUUGGACAUUGCUAAAGCUCUGCUCGAACUGGCCAGAACAAGUAGUGGUAGGUUGAAAUGAGUAAUACAUUGGUUUUCAAACUCAUUCAACACCUAGACCAGUAAGAGUGGAGAUUUGGCAUCGUCUUAAACAUGAGGCACUUUUUGAUAAGGAAAACAUUUUAAAAUUGCAUUGACGGUGAAGGUCUGGAAAAAGUUGGGUAACCACAUCAUUUCCUGAUGAGACAUUUAGUCAAGCAGUGUUGAGUUGGACAUAAAUGCAUUAUUUAAUCUAAGACGUUUUUUGAAAGUUUACAGUUAUAAUUAGUCGACAAGUUUGUAUGUGUGUGUGUGCUCUGUUUAGAUCUAGCUAGCAACUAUAAUAAUACUGCUUACAGUGACAGACAAACUACGAAUUAAAGUGAUCUUCUCUAAGUGGCCUUGACACAGAACUGACCUAAUUAUGAUGCUUCAUUAUCGAGUGUCGAUAUAAUUUACAACCUUACUCUUUUUGCUAUUUUCUUUUCUUUGUCUGUCUGUAUGUGUGAUUUAGUCCUUUCAUGCUUUUCAAAGGGACAUAAAGGGAAGAAAGUGUUUUAAAAAAUGACGAUCCCCGGACAAGCCUCUUUGUGUGUUUUUCUGAAUGCGUUUUAGUGAUGACUGGGCUAGAUUAUGUACUUGGGCAUUGAUGGUUUGUUAUCCAGUCAGACAACCCCAUUGAGUUAACUUCUACUCACCUUUCAGCUUCAGGGAACAGCUGUGGAUCAGCAACCCUCCCUUCCCACUGAGAACGAAUUAGCUUACAAAUGGAAUAGACCGCUAUUCUAAGAUAAAAUCACUUUUGUUUUGUUUCGAUUUUAUGUGGGGAAUAUGUAUCAAGCUAAAAGAAGGAAAAUUAAUAAGCUUAAAUCUGUUUCAGGUUGGUCAAUUCUAUAGUCCAUUGUUCGGGCCUCAGUGUAGUCCAGUGUUAAAAGCUAAAUUCCUGACUUACUGAAGUGAGGAAUCAAGCCGUUAGAAAUGGGAGAAUGGAUCUGAAAUGUUUUAGAAACAAAGUGCAAUAUUACUCAUUUGAAUUAGUUUUCUUCACUAUUUGUAUGUCUAGUUUCUCCUUUGUCUUUUAUAGUUUCUUAAUCACGAUCAUAUAUAGAUAUUGUAUGAAUGUCCUGAAUGAUUGUAACCUUUUGUCUAGUAUUUCUUUUGAGUUUAAUAAACUUUUGUUCAAAAUUGUA